AUGGCGGCGACCUGUAGUAGUGAUUUCGGGGACUUGGUGCAAAUUAAAAAGCAACUUAUUACUAUUAUAUCGCAGUGCCGAGACAGAGGACUGGUACAUAGCGUGAAGUGGGCGUCUGAACUAGCAUUUGCACUGGAUCCCCUUCCCUUGAAUGAACUACCCCCACCACAGGAGCUAACUGAGGAGGAUGCUCAGGAUCUCGACGCUCUCUGUCUGGCUAAAUCGUACUUUGAUUUAAAAGAGUAUGAUCGGGCAGCGUACUUUCUUCGCGGUUGCCGCAGCCAGAAAGCGUAUUUCUUAUAUAUGUAUUCCCGCUACCUGUCUGGCGAGAAGAAAAAAGAUGACGAGACAGUGGACAGUCUGGGGCCCCUGGAGAAAGGUCAGGUCCGUAACGAGGCACUCCGAGAGCUGCGUGUCGAACUGAGCAAAAAGCACAGUGCAGGAGAGUUGGACGGAUUCUCCCUCUAUCUAUAUGGGGUGGUUCUACGGAAGCUGGACUUACUAAAGGAGGCUGUGGACGUGUUUGUAGCUGCGACUCACGCUCUCCCUCUGCACUGGGGAGCCUGGCUGGAGCUCUGUAACCUGGUGACCAACACUGAAAUGCUGAAGUCUCUGUCUCUGCCUGACUGCUGGGUGCGAGACUUCUUCAUGGCUCACAUGUACACAGAACUGCAGAUGAUCAAAGAGGCCCUGCAGAAGUACCAGAGCCUGAUGGAGGCUGGCUUUUCCAAGAGCACCUACAUCAUCUCCCAGAUCGCCGUCGCCUACCACAACAUCCGCGACAUUGACCAAGCCCUUGCUCUGUUUAACGAACUGAGGGAACAGGACCCGUUCCGCAUCGAGAACAUGGACACGUUCUCCAACCUCCUCUAUGUCAGGAGCAUGAAGCCGGAGCUCAGUUACCUGGCACACAACCUGGUGGAGAUCGACAAAUACAGGGUGGAGACGUGUUGUGUCAUUGGAAACUAUUACAGUUUGCGUUCCCAGCAUGAGAAAGCAGCGCUGUAUUUCCAGAGGGCUCUGAAACUGAAUCCACGCUGUCUGGGAGCCUGGACUCUGAUGGGCCACGAGUACAUGGAGAUGAAAAACACCUCAGCCGCCAUCCAGGCUUACAGACAUGCAAUCGAAGUGAACAAACGAGAUUACCGAGCGUGGUACGGCCUAGGACAGACUUACGAAAUCCUCAAAAUGCCCUUCUACUCUCUUUACUACUACCGCAAAGCCCAUCAGCUCAGACCCAAUGACUCCCGUAUGCUGGUCGCUCUGGGAGAAUGCUAUGAGAAACUCUCCCAGCAGGUCGAGGCCAAGAAGUGUUACUGGAGAGCGUAUUCUGUAGGUGAUGUGGAGAGAAUGGCUCUUCUCAAACUGGCAAAACUCCACGAGCAGCUGAAUGAGUCUGAUGACGCAGCGCAGUGUUACAUCAUUUACAUUCAGGACAUCUUCUCUUGUGGGGAGUUACUGGAGCAUGCGGAGGUGAGUACCGCCCUGAGAUACCUGGGCCAGUACUACUUCAAAAGCAAACUCUACGACGAAGCUUCACUCUGUGCUCAGCGCUGCUGUGACUACAACGACGCUCGAGAGGAGGGCAAGGCCCUGUUAAGGCAGAUCUCGGCGGUGCGGGAGCAGGGAGAAGCCUCCUCCACAGACCUGUCGUUACCCUGUGUCUUUAACCCGCUGUCCAACAACACCACGCCCGUCAGAAGAGUCUCUCCUCUGGACUUGUCCUCCGUCACACCCUAACACACGCACACUUGGCUUGGAUGUGCAAUCAAAAGUGAUCGACAACUCAGACACUUACAAUGUUGUUUUUUUAAAAGACUUUUCUAUACAUCAUCAUCAGUGCAUAUUGAAAACACAUCACAAUAAAUCAAACCGUGGCAAGUUUGAUUCUUGCUCAGUGCUACUGCCUGAAUACCUUUCUUUCCCUGUAUAACAAGUUAUUCCAAAGAAUGAAUAUAAUUUCUUGUCAUCGUCAC